GUGGCGCUGUGCGCAUGCUCCCCACAGCACAGUCAACCCGGCUCCUUUGGCCACUCUAGCCGCCCUUCUCGCUGCUCCGCUGGGACGCGGGCGCGCCGCGGGGGUCCCUCCAAGAUGGCGGCGCAGAGGAGGAAUCUGCUGCAGAGUGAGCAGCAGCCAAGCUGGACGGACGACCUGCCACUCUGCCACCUCUCUGGGGUUGGCUCAGCCUCCAACCGUAGCUACUCUGCUGAUGGCAAGGACACCGAGAGCCACCCUCCAGAGGACAGCUGGCUCAAAUUCAGGAGUGAGAACAAUUGUUUCCUCUAUGGGGUCUUCAAUGGCUAUGAUGGCAACAGAGUGACCAACUUUGUGACCCAGCGGCUGUCCGCGGAGCUCCUGCUGGGCCAGCUCAAUGCCGAGCACACAGAGGCUGAUGUGCGGCGAGUGCUGCUGCAGGCUUUCGACGUGGUGGAGAGGAGCUUCCUGGAGUCCAUAGAUGAUGCCUUGGCUGAGAAGGCGAGCCUUCAGUCCCAGCUGCCCGAGGGUGUCCCUCAGCACCAGCUGCCCCCACAGUAUCAGAAGAUCCUAGAGAGACUCAAGGUGCUGGAGAGGGAGAUCUCAGGAGGGGCCAUGGCUGUGGUGGCAGUCCUUCUCAACAGCAAGCUCUACGUUGCCAAUGUCGGUACAAACCGAGCACUUCUGUGCAAGUCUACAGUAGACGGGCUGCAGGUGACCCAGCUGAACAUGGACCACACGACUGAAAAUGAGGAUGAGCUCUUCCGCCUGUCGCAGCUGGGUUUGGAUGCAGGAAAAAUCAAGCAGGUGGGGGUGAUCUGUGGGCAGGAGAGCACGCGGCGCAUCGGAGACUACAAGGUCAAGUACGGCUACACCGACAUUGACCUGCUCAGUGCCGCCAAGUCCAAACCAAUUAUCGCAGAGCCAGAAAUCCACGGUGCACAGCCCCUGGAUGGGGUGACCGGGUUCCUGGUGCUGAUGUCCGAGGGGCUGUACAAGGCCCUGGAGGCUGCCCAUGGGCCAGGGCAGGCCAACCAGGAGAUCGCUGCAAUGAUUGACACAGAGUUUGCCAAGCAGACCUCCAUGGACUUGGUGGCCCAGGCUGUGGUGGACCGGGUGAAGCGCAUCCACAGCGACACGUUUGCCAGUGGCGGGGAGCGUGCCAAGUUCUGCCUGCGGCAUGAGGACAUGACCCUGCUGGUGCGGAACUUCGGCUACCCACUGGGUGAAAUGAGCCAGCCCUCGCCAAGCCCAGCCCCAGCUGCUGGGGGCCGAGUGUACCCCGUGUCCGUGCCUUAUUCAAGCGCCCAGAGCACCAGCAAGACCAGUGUGACCCUCUCCCUCGUCAUGCCCUCCCAGGGCCAGAUGGUCAAUGGCGCCCAUAGUGCCUCCACCCUGGACGAAGCCACCCCCACCCUCACCAACCAGAGCCCCACGCUGACCCUGCAGUCCACCAACACGCACACCCAGAGCAGCAGCUCCAGCUCCGACGGGGGCCUCUUCCGUGCCCGGCCGGCCCACUCACUCCCGCCUGGUGAGGACGGCCGUGUGGAGCCCUACGUGGACUUCGCGGAGUUCUACCGCCUAUGGAGCGUGGACCACGGCGAGCAGGGCGCAAUGACGGCGCCAUAGCCGCAGGGAGGGAGUGCAGCCCGUGCAGGGCCUUGUGCGGACUAGGCUCGCUGCUGUGGAGCCAAUGGGCCCACUUCACACCUAGCCACGCCAUGGGGUGGGAGGCUACCCGUGGUGGCCUCAGGCAGGACUCCCGUCAUUCCUCAAAACAAGGACCCAUGCAUGGAAGCCAGGUCAGCCUGCUGUCCACCAAGAGUUCCUUCAGUCAUGUGCAGCAGAGUGGAAGAGGCCAUCCUGGGACCCAAGGGGCACAGGCCUCACGGACACUGCUCUCCCAAGGCCACUCCUGCCUACCACCCCCUCCCCUGAAAUGCCUGUGGCUGCUGCUAGCGCCCUCACCUCCGGUGGGCAGUUUCCCUUCCCACCUGUCCGCCCAGAAAUCUGGCUUCACAGUGGAACCCAGGUGAGACCUGUCCCUGUUUCAGUCACGAUGUCAUGGAGGCCAGAGAGUGGGAUGCCCACAGGGGAACAGGUCAGGUGAAAAGGACAAGGCAGAACUGGCCUGAGAAGCACGUGUGACCAGUCUGCCACAGGGCUGCUGCUGCUGGGCUCAGCCAGGGAGUAGGAGGCGCAGGCCCAGGAGCCAGGGCUCACCCUGCGUCCCCUGCUGGUGCUGGGAAGGCUGUGGUGGGAGUGGCACAGUGCACGACCUUUGUACCUGUGGGCCGGUCCGGGCAGCUCUGACAAGUGGGGUGCUCAGCUGCACAAGGGAAGGAGCUCCUGGGGUGCAGCUGCCCUGGAAGGCCGAGGGCUUUCAGGACAUGCAUCAUGUUUGCAAGCUCAGAGGCGAGGGUUGGGCCACCUGGGCCUGGAGUAGACCAUUUCUCAUGUCCUCAACCUUCAGUGACGAGUGGUCAUGAGGAGGACCACUGAUGCUUUGCUGCUCCCAUUCUCAGAGGAGGAAGCAGGCCCGGGACACUUGGUCCUUGCCCAAGUCUCGCCAUGUUAGCAAGAUGCUCAAGCCAGAGCUCAAACCUGUGGCCCCCUCUUCGGUAGUGGGGCCCCCUGGAUUCUGCCACGCCCGCCCCAGCCACCUCGCACCAGGGACUGUCUGCGGUGCCAAAAGGCCUCCGCUUACCCCUCAGUCUCAGAAUCUACUGCCCUGCUGUGGGCCGAGCCUGGUGUGUGAAGUCACAGUGUGAGCAAGGAGAAAACAGAUCCUGCCAGCAGGGCCGGCUGCCCGCCACUGUGAAGCCACCGUGCCCUUCCGUGAAGGCUGGGGAUGGGAUUCUCUCCCAGGAAUGCCUCUGAUGCUGCCUGGUCUCUAAAAUAGAACCGUGUUUUUAAUACAGUA